GACUCGACCGGCGCUGACGUGACGUGCGUCGAACUAUUACGCUAAUAUUUCCACUGUGAAACCUCCAAUGUUAUUUGUUUAUACUCUAUUACACCGUGUAAGCAUCUAUAAGCUUCACGGUUUGGAUUGAAUACUGACAGUGUGGUGUACUGUACGUGUGUCUGUGAGCGUCGACGCCAAAUACUAUUGUGAAACGGGUCGGCCGUGUUCGUUUAUGUGCUGAAUGGUGAUUAAAAGUAAUUUGCUUUUACGGUGUUGAGGGUCGGUCGGCCGAUGCGUAUCGAUCGCACGUUGAGACACAAAGCCGGUGGAUUGUUGUGGCGGCGUGUUGGUGGCUGGUGCAUCGCAAGGUGUCGAGCGGAGCGUUGUGUUGAGGAUUGCCAUCGGGAUGCCAGUGUGUCUAGUGAUGGUGCAUUGAGGUCGUGCUAGUACCUACUGAGUAGUGUUUGUGUCAACUAUAGUGCUAUACAGUGCUGAAUGGAUUGUGUCCCACUUGGAUUGCCAACAAUCUACAAUAGAUCUAGUUGGGAACGGGCUACAAUGGUGUGUGUGUGUGCGGGGCAGCGGGGGGCGGGCGCGGCGAGCCGGCGCGCAUGGCGGCGCCAAUGAGGGAGGGCGCGCCGGCUGGCGGAGCUCGCCCCGCGCCCCACGCGCACCCCGCCAACUUCGAGUACGAUGACAACGAGUGGGACAUCGGCAUCGGCGACCUCAUCAUAGACCUCGAUGCCGACAUAGAGAAGACCGACGAGGCGGGCGGCAUGGCGGCGCGCGCCGAACCGGACGCGCAGCGCACCGCGCUCAAGAUGAAGAUCAAGCGCACCAAGCCUGGCACCAAGAGCUCCGAGGCGAAGCACGAGAUCGUAAAGUCGAACGAAAUGAACGGCGAGAUGAAGCCACAGACGGCGACAGCCGCCACGCCGCCCGCAGCCGCGAAACGCGGUUCAGGCGGGCAUAGGCGCGAUAAAGCGCGAGACAAGCAUCACCACCCCCACCCGCCGCAUGAUGUGAAUGGCGUGCCGCGGGUACCGCCGCCGCCGAACGCGCCGGGUCCGCCCGCGCCGGCGCCGGCGUCGCUCACCCCGGCGGCGAGCCCUCAGCCCGCGCCGAACAAGCAAGAGCCGAGGCCGACGCCGGCGCCCCGCCUAGAGGCCAAGCCCCCGGCGCCGGCGCCGCAACCGCCCGCCGCUCCGCCGCCCGCGUCCGCGCCCGCGCCCGCACCUGCGCCCGCGCCGCCUGCGCACCCGACGCACGCGCCUGCACCCGCUCACAAGAGCGGGUCCGUCCAGUUUAUACCGUGCGGAACAAUUAAAAAGCAGAUGCAAAUAGCGUUUCAAGAAAAACAAGAUGCUGUUAAGUGGAUGCGGACAACGGAUGUGAAAACAGCUGAGAAGCGAGAUCGCCUCAGCCGCAGACAAUACAAGAACAAUAAAGAGAUGAGUCACCAAACUACUUUGUUCCACGGAGCAACAGGCCACAGUAAAUCUGUGUGCAUCCUCCAAGACGAACACGCGUGCCUUAAAAGGAAGGAAGGUGGAAUAAGGAAGAUAUAA